AUGAAACGGUUUAUCAACAAUGUCCGGACGAAACUGGAAGAUAGAAACAGAAGUAACGAACUAACAGUAGAAGAGCUGGAAGAAUCAGAGCUACAACUCAAACCUCUAACAAAGAAAAGCAGUAUCCUGACUCUUACACCAAUUUUAGUGGACGGCGUCCUUCGUGCUAAUACAAGAUUACGGUAUUCAGAGGAUUUACAAGAUGAUGUUAAGUAUCCCAUAUUGCUCCCCAAAGGGCAUGCAGUAACUAAGUUGAUCAUCAAGUAUCCUCAUGAAACAGAGGGACACGUGAUGGGAGUAAAUUACACGCUAAACCACCUACGAGAGAAGUACUUUGUGAUUCACGGUAGACAAGAAGUAAAGAGAUGUAUAAAAGAAUGUGCGGAAUGCUCUAGGUGCCACAGAGGAUGUAAAGCUCACCAACAGAUGGCCCCGUUAUCUCGUGUACGUCUAGAAGUUACGGAGAAGCCAUUUACCAACUGCGGAACAGAUUUUGCUGGACCAUUCUACAACAUGCAAGGGCGCGGCAAAGCCCGAUUGAAACGUUAUCUUUGCUUAUUUGUGUGUCUUCAGACACGCUGCUGUCAUUUGGAGAUGGCAGCAUCUCUAGAGACAGAUGGAUUCAUGAAUGCUUUCACACGGUUUGUAGCUAGAAGAGGAUGGCCCAAGCUUAUGCUAAGUGACAAUGGAACAAACUAUGUUGGAGCACAAAGAGAAAUCAAAGAGUUAGUGGAAAAAAUCAACCAAGAGAAAGUACAGCGAAUGACCAGUAACAGAAUAGUUAAGUGGUUGUUCAAUCCACCUGGUGGACCUCAUUUUGGAGGUGUCUUUGAAAUCAUGAUUAAAGCUGCUAAACGAGCUAUCUAUGCAGAGCUGUCUGGAGCUGAUGUAAAGGUGAAUAGCUUGAGACAGUCAUCAUCGGUGCCGAGAGUUUGUUAA